UGGGAAUCGAAUUCUCUUCCAAGUGGCGGAACAGAAUAAUAUAUGUGCCAACGGAUGCUCUUCUUGCUCCUUCAUAUUCACAUACACCGCCAUAUCCAUAUCUUCUUGUUACUGUGAGAGUUAUUAAGGAUGUUGGAUUGGGCUGCUCCUCUGAUAGCGGCUGCCCUGUUCGCAUUUUUGUCGCCGGGAAUGAUAUUUCAGAUGCCCGGCAAGAAUCGGCCGCUGGAGAUUAUGAGCAUGAGGACCACCGCUGCUUCAAUCUUUGUACACGCUGUUAUUUAUGGUCUCUUCCUUAUUUUGUUCUUUAUCGUUCUUAAUGUCCAUCUCUAUUUCUGAAUUAACCUCUGCUCUGCUACUGCGGUAGCUUAAAACAUCAGCCUUUCCUCUGUUUAUUUACGUCCACUGUAUGUAACUGUAAUCUACUGUUACAAAUUAAACUCUAAUCAUUGCAUGGACUGCUUUGAAUUUUCACA